AUGCCAACGACUUUCCUUGGCAGUGCCCUCAGGGGCACUUUCUUCUUCAUCUUUGGUCUCUGGUGGUCUGUGAGGUACCCCCUGAAGUACCUGAGGAGGAAAGACAAUGCUGAGAGCCAGCACAGCUUUGGGCGUGCAGAGAUCUUCGAAGGGGCAGUCAAAGCUUUCUUUGCUCUCAUAGGAAUACUGGUGGAGCAGUUUGUCCCCACUGGUCCCCACCUGCAGCUGUACAGCCCCAAGACACAGAGCUGGACAGACCUCACCCACUGGCACUACUCCACCGUCUACCUCUUCUUCCUCCUCUCUGGCAUCAUGGACAUGGUCUCACACUCCCCACUCAAGCUGCCUCCUGGCUUAGACAGACUCUCACUGUCUGUGGCUCUGUUCAUUGAAGGUUUGCUCUUCUGUUUCCGUGACUACAGCAAUGCUGCUCUGGACCAGCACCUCCACUCCCUGCUGGCCAUGGCUAUCUUUGCUGGAGCCCUCUGUGCUCUCCUGGAGGUGUUCCUCCGAGACCACAUCAUCCUGGAGACCUUCAGGACCAGCUCCUUCCUCCUCCAGGGCUCUUGGCUUUGGCAGAUUGGGUCUGUGCUGUCCCCUCCGUGGGGAGGCCCAGGCUGGGAUCAGACUGACCACAGCAACCUGACGUUCCUCACCAUGUGUUUCUGCUGGCACUACGCGGGCGCUCUCGCCGUCCUGGCUGCCAACUCUGCUGCAUCCCGCUGCUGCAAUGAGUCCUGCCAGCUGAAAUUCGGGGACAUCGACGUGGAGUUGGACUGUGGCCUGUGCCUGCGCGGGGCCAAGAGGAGCUCGGGUGGUGCCUUGCUGCCCGAGAGCAGCUCGGAUGACAAAUGA